AGAAAGUCUUUUAUAUACAGAAUCUCUAUUAUUAUCUUUCUUGUGUCUACGUUGUUCUUCAUAUUUUAAUUGUUGUUUAAGAAAUAUAGCAUUUUUUAUAAAUUCUAAAGUAUUUUCAAAACUUUUUUCAGCACCAUACAUUGUUUUAAUAGCACUUACAGCAUAUUCUACAUCAUAACAUCUACCUAAGAGUUGCUGUUGAAGAGCAAGUACUUCAACUCUUUUUUCCACCAUUGGAGCAUGAGGUGGUACAUAAUAUUUGCAGCAUUUGCUGCUUUUGUUUUUACUACAUAUGCAGAAGAAGAAGAAGAAACUGCAAGAUUAUUAAUAUCUAAACAAUUACUUAAUAAAUAUCUUGUAGAAAAUAUGGAUAUUGUAAUCAAAUAUACAGUUUAUAAUAUUGGAAGUGCAGCUGCUUUAGAAGUUGAAAUCACAGAUAAUUCUUUUCAUCCUGAUCAUUUUACUCAUGUUAGUGGAGAAUUAAAUGCAAGAAUUGAUCGUGUUCCACCUUAUACAAAUGUUAGUCAUACAGUUGUUGUGAGGCCACGUAAAUUUGGAUACUUUAAUUUCACAUCAGCAGAAGUUUUAUAUAGACGUAAAGAAGAUGCUCCUAGUUUACAAUUUGCUGCAAGUAGUGAACCUGGUGAAGCAGUAAUUGUAUCAUUUAGAGAUUAUGAUAAACAAUUUUCUUCACAUGUGGUUGACUGGGCUGCAUUUGCAGUAAUGACAUUACCAUCAUUAGCUAUUCCUUUUGCAUUAUGGUAUUCUAGUAAGAGCAAAUAUGAAAAAUUGCUUAAAACUACAAAGAAACAUUAAUCAUAUAUUUAUUUUAAAUCAUUCAAAAAACUUUUUUCAUAUUGUUGUAAAAAAUUUAACUAUCCUAUUUUCUGUAUACAUUUACUUUUAUAAUAAAUAUUAUUUAUAAAUAACA